AUGAAGCGGGUCGGUCGCAUCGCGGCAGCGGCGACCUCGGGCCUGCCUGCCGCAGCGGGCGCAUCUCGCCGUUCGUUAGUCUUUCGCUCUGGCCUGAGCGGGACUCACGUCGGUCAGUUUCACAGUUUUUUCCACUCGCCGUUUCUCAUUUUUGUCGUCGACGGCAUUGCGCAUAAUCACGUCGCUAAUCGUCCGUCGACGGUCGACUAUCACCUCUCUCUGCGACAUCGACCGUAUUUGCUUAGUGUUGACGUGUCGUACGUUACGUCAGUCAGCAGAAUGAGAACCACUGGAAAUUGGACCUUAUGA